UCGGUUGGAUCAAGAACCCUCGGCAGAAAAGCACUUGGAUUUCUGCUGGAAAAGGUACUCAGAGAUCCUCGUCCAGAUGAUUAUGAUCCGGCUAAGAAAUGGAGAGGCCUCAUACGUGAUGCGGUAAUCGAAGGCGAAUUUAUUCCGCAAGCCUUUCCAGUAAUAACAGCACAAAGAAAACGACAAUGGGCACCUUUAGAUUGGAAAUUGGUAAGAGAAGGCCAGAAAGCAGUAAUGCAAUAUGGCUUGUCCAACCCAUACGUUCAGACAUUACUAGAUCAUAUUUUUGCCAGUGGGUUAAUGACUCCAUUUGACUGCCGGAAGCUUGCAGAAACUUUCCUGAAGCCCACUCAGGUAUUAUUAUGGGAGUCUGAAUGGGAAAAAAGAGUUGAUCUGACGGUGGUGGAAAACAUGGACUUACAACAGGGAGAUCCGCGGCGAGUCGUCACAGCAGACAUGAUGCUGGGUAAAGGAGCAUUCGCUGAUCCUCAGGUACAAGCCCGGCUGCAUGAAGCUAUCUUGCAGCAAACACAGACACUGGCACGUCAGGCAUUUAAGAUCGUUCCUGAUAUGGGGGUGCCAGUUCCCUCAUAUACAACUAUUAUUCAAAAACCUAAUGAGCCUUUCAUGACCUUCUUAGACCGCCUAAGAGCAGCUCUGGAUCAUAUACCAAACAUGUCGGCUGAAGUAAAGGCGGAAAUAGGAUUACACUUAGCAGUUGCUAACGCUAAUCAUGACUGCAAAAAGAUCCUGCAGGCUCUCCCGCGGACAGCAACUUUGGUCGACAUGAUAGAAGCCUGCUCUAGGGUAGGAUCGUCAGCACAUUUAGCUGAGGCAAUGGCAACAGCAUUGAAACCUUUAGUUCAAGCCCACAAAGGAGAUCGGAGGCCAAAGUGCUUUAACUGUGGAAAAAUAGGACACGUGAAAAAUCAAUGUCGGUCCAGACCAUUGGUAUGGACAAACAGCUCCGCCAGGCCAUCUGGGUCCAAUGGCAGAUUUCACGGUAAUUGUUACAGAUGUGGCAAGUUUGGCCAUAGAGCCACUGAGUGCCGCUCUCGAGUGGCCAGACAAACAAUGCAUAAGGGAAACGGGUUGACGAGCGCAAAAAGGGCGAGCGCGAUGACACAAAAACGCCCUUCAACACCAAGAGCUGCCUGGAUGGCCUCAGAUCAGCCACUGCAGGAAGCGCAGGAGUGGAUGUGGAAACAGCAGUAGAUGUAACCAUCCACAACACAGAGGUAACAAUUAUCUCCUCUAACGUUAAUGGACCCCUUGGCUAUGGAUUAAGCGCUUUGCUUUUAGGACGGUCAUCGGC